UUAAGAGCGCUCGCCGUCGCCUUGGUAACAGACAGGAAGUAACGUCGUUAGCUUUAGCGUGUUAGCGCGUGUGGUUUGAGUCGUGAUAACAACAAUAAUCUAUAACCUGUAAUCUGUAAUCUAUAAUCUGUAAUCUGUAAUAUAUAAUCUGUAAUCUGUAAUAUAUAAUCUGUAAUCUAUCAUCACACUGUGAAGGCUGCCGGACACACAGACACGAUGAGCGGCAGCAUGGACGACAUCAAACCUGUGAGCUGCACCAUCAAACCGCCGGUGUACCUGCACAUCGGAGACACCAGAACAGACCCGGCUCACUCCGGAGUGUGUGUGGUGGACGUCACGCUGCCCUUUGGAAAGGCCGUCAAUAUCGAGGAAAUCACCUUCAAGAACUAUUACACCGCCUACGUGACAGUGCGUUUGUUGAGGAGGAGCCCCGGGCAGGAGGUCCCCGCUAAGUGGUGUACCGCCCUGAGGGACCUGCCUCUGAUGGCCAACCCCCACACCGAGGGAGGCUCCCAAGACUACUACUCCAUCCACAGGAUGCAGAUGCAGGUGGAGCCGGAUCACGUGGUGUCUGUCAGACUGAUCCUGAGACAGCCGUCCUCUGCCUGGCUCACCUUCAGCCUCGAGGCCAUCAAAAUAUUCCCUCACAUGGAGCCGGACCCAGACAAGGAGGUUUCUGAUUGGCUGUCUGACCUGACCCUUGUUGACCAACACCCUGACCUGGAGGGCCUCCCGGACCCGCAGACCGUGUCCUCCAGCAUCCAGCAGAUGUGGGCGCUGACGGAGGUGAUGCAGACCAACCAGACGACGGCCUCCAUCGGGCGAUUCGAUGUGGACGGAUGCUACGACAUCAACCUGCUCUCGCUGACCUGAGGACCUCAGCGUUCAGCGUAUGAAGAGCUGAAGAGUGACAGGAUGUUUUCUGUAUAUGAGGCAGGUGGGUGUGACAAUAUAUACAUGUGAUGGUUUGAUGUUUAAAUGUUUAUUUAUUAUCAUUUAUUUUUAUAGUUUCUUAUUUUAAUGUUUUUAUUUUCCAUACAUACAUAAACUGAACCCAACAUGUACAAGAGAGAGAACAAAGUGUGGAUGUUUUUUAUUCUUUUUAUUUUGGCCACGAUGAUCCUGCAGUGGAAAUCUGAUUCUGAUUUAUGUCUGACCUUUUUUAAAUUCCUCAUUUCUUCUGUUGGCUGUUGAGGGAACAUUUAAAGAUCUGGGUCAGGUUCUGGUUAACGUGAACCGUGUUGUUAUGAUGGCUGAGAUCAGCAUCAGAAGAUAAAUGAUGUCAGUGAAGGUCUUCACGAGGCUCAGGGUUUGUGAGAACGUUCAUCCUUCAUGUUGGUAUCUGCACAUCAAUACAAAACUCAUCUUCUUGUUUUUGCUGUGCGAGCAUGACUAAGCAGUUAUCAGACAACACAAACUCUGGGUUAAAGGUUCACCGUCUGUAUUUAGCUGAAAGAAACUCCCAGCAGAGCCUCUCCUCCUUAAAAUACAUCAGCCAGUGUUCACGUCGCUUCAAAUGGAGAACAAUGUGUUUUCUCAAGAGGUUCCCUCAGCAGCUCUGACUGAAGGAAAGAGGACAAGUGUUCUUCUUCUUCUUCUCGUUGUUUCACGUCGCAGCGAGCAGCCUCGUCUUUGCUCACAUUGUAAACAUUCAGAACUGUGAAGAUGAUAUUUCAGAGAUGUACUGACAUGUUUCCCACGGGACCGUCGAACUGUACGCGGAACAUGAAGAGGAAGAGCGGCGUCUUUACUCUGUUUAACAAGUUGAUCCGUGUUUCGCAUCAUUAAAUCCUGAAGUCUGUCCUUCACGAGGGUGGACGGUAUGUCGGGAUGUUUCAGUCCGGCUGUCGUCUCCACAGUUCAGGGAUGGUUGGUUAUUAAUUUCAUCUAUAAGCAUGAAUGAUUGCAUCGUAUUAGCAGGUGUGGAAGAAGUACCCUAAAGUUGAGGUAUGUAAUAUAAUCUAUCUAUGGCUGUCAAUCAAUGUCAAUAAACUCACUGACCUACCUGUGCACACGCUCAGCCGUUCUGUUCAGAAAAA